AGGCUGCAGUUAGCGGACAGACGUGGCGGGCCAGCAGAAUUGAUCUGCUUUCGCAAGAAUGGGAACAGCGGCAAGAGUAUGGACCAUUCUUAUGAUGUUCGUGAAGUCUGCUUUUCCAGCUCAGCUCAACACAGCAUCAUAUAACAACUAUGCAGAUCCAUACGGUCUCAACAUCAUCGGCCACUGGUCAGCAAAGGUUGAACUGAAGGGAUGUAAGAACAUUCAGUUUGGGCUGUGGGGGCCGACCAAGUCAACAUCCAAUGGCUACAACAUCGAUCUGAAUAAAGACACUGGUGGACAGUAUUUCUCGGCAGUCAGGAAAAAAUGCAGCGGUUGUCCGACGACACCAAAGGUUGAGGUGAACCAGGGAGGUUCCUUCUUCACGUGCGACUCGACCUUUCACCCCUACUGGGUCGCCUGGGACCAGUGCACCAUCAGGAUGGGCAAGGGGACAGUCAUCGGUGGCCAGCAGGUGAUUAGCUGGAUGGACCCUGAUAUCAUUGAGAUCAAGUACAUGACUGUCGGGGCGGCGGACGGAUCAAAUGUUGUCUCCAUGCGCUUUGACCCUACAACUGAUGAUCUGACUGUCAACACUGUUCAGACAUGCGCGGAACCCACUUGUGCUGCCCAGAGUCGACCGGCGGUGUCCUCAGGGUUCCAGCCCUUCGUGUUCCAUAUGUCCGGCGUAGGGAAGAUGAUCAACAACGCUGACCACGUCAUCUUCCAGGAAACAGGGAUGACCACCAAGGAGUGCAACUACAAAUGUCUCUGCACCACUGCUUGCAUCGGGUUCAGCAUCUCCACAACGGGCACCUGCAAACUGACCGACAAGUGUGUUCCAUCACUUGGGGAUGAAGCAGGUUCCAAUGUCUACGCCGUUACAUCCUUUGGUAGUCUGUGAUCAGUCUUAUUCGACAGGCUGAACCAUUAAUGCACAUCACAAAAUACCAAUUUGAUGAGAUAAGUUUGCAAAUCAUUGUUGCUGAAACUGAAUUUUUGAUGAGGUUGUUGACUCGCCGGCAAGAUAUGAUACAUAUGUCCUUGUUUCUCAAAGGUGGAGGGGGGCACGGGUGGCCCAUUCGUCUAAGGCGCCGCGAUUCGCUGUGCAGAGUUUCGUCACUUGGGCUGCUAGAAACCUAUGAUUGUGGGUUCGAAUCCCGGUUCGCCC